UUUCUUUCUUUCUUUCUUUCUUUCUUUCUUUCUUUCUUUCUUUCUACAGGACAUCUUCUUUCUCUUGGCCGACUUCCUGGAUAUACUCUAGCAAAAUGGAGCAAAGAACUUGGGCCUAUCAUUCGGCUGAAAAUGGGAGUUCAAACUUGGUUCUUCAUAUCUGAUCCUGCGCUUGCUCAAGAAAUCUUCACGACUCAUGGUGUUGCAACUUCUGACAGACCUUCACAAACAUUCCUUACAUAUUAUAGCCAUGGUAAAAGGGGAAUUAUUUGUUCUGAUGCAAACAAACGAUGGAAACGAUCAAGAGCUGCUGCUUCAUUCAUCCUAGCACCACAGCGCGUCAAUGAAUUUAUGGACAUUAUUAUGCACGAAGCUGAUAUCCUGGUGAAACAACUUCUCCUUCUUUGUCAACUUGAUAGUCAGGUGGAUCCUACUCCUUAUUUACAGAAAGCUUUCAUGAAUUUUAUUUUAACAGCGUGCUUUGCGACUCGUUUCAACUCUGUGGAAAACCAACACUUCAAGGAUAUCAGGGAAAAUACUCUUGUAGCCUUGAAAUUGGCUGGAGCUAACGGUGACCUUUAUCAGUUUUUGCCCUAUAUCUCUGCAUUGGAUGUACUUCUAGGAAAGAAACGAAUGUAUCGUGACCAUAUUGCGAAUUUCAGUGAUCCUCUCUUUACUCAGUUGAUUGAAAAAGCCUUGUGCAGUGACAAAGACCCAAUGGUGAAGACAUUAGUGGCUCUCAAGAAAGAAAAUGGUUUGGAUGACGAAGAUAUCAUUGUGAUAACGUCCGACCUUUUUGGUGCCAGUACUGAUACUAGUACUGCUACAUUUUCUUGGAUGAUUGUCAUUCUAUCCCAUCAUUAUGAUGUUCAGAAGAAGAUACAAUUGGAACUCGAUGCCUUUAUUCAAGCACAUGGUCGUCUCCCUACCUUCGAAGAGCGAGAUCAAGUCCCUUAUAUUAUUGCCGUGCAAAAGGAAUGCAUGCGUUACAAGCCCACCACUUCCUUUGGUAUACCUCACGUGGCUAAUAAUGAUUUGGUGGUUCGCGAUUAUUUUUUCCCCAAAGGCUCUGUAUUAGUUAGUAAUAUGUUCGGUAUGCAUAUGAAUUCCGAUAUCUAUUCUGAUCCAGAAAUAUUCAAGCCUGAACGCUUUCUGAACAACAUUCGAACAAUGUCAUCGGCGGCAAAUGGCAAUGUCAAUCAACGUGAUCAUUUCAACUUCGGAUGGGGAAGACGCACUUGUCCUGGUAUUUAUUUGGCAGAAGCAGAGAUGUUCCAUAUUUUUAUUCGGAUCUUCGCAAACGCAAGUAUUGUACCUUCUUUGGAUGGCGAUAGCAAGGAAGUACCUAUUGAUAUGGAAGUGGGGUUAGAUACUGGAGGUGUCAAUUUGCCUCACCCUUAUCAGGUUAGAUUUAUCCCUCGUGUUGAUUCCCCUUUAGAAUAGAUAAUGUUAUUGCUUAGUUUAUACGAAAUAAAGGUCUUUUCCCUUUUGUCUUUAUAUGUUACAUUUUA